AAUUUAGCCAGCAAAAAUAUUUAUGACCUCUUUUGACGCAUAUAGUUUAGCCGUGAUUUUUGUUAUGUGGCAGUAGCGCGUGUUGCUAUUGGAACUCUUUUGCUGGAUAGUGUUCUCCACCGGGUUGCCAAGUCUUUCAUGGAGGCCAACAAGACCAAGGCUCGAAAACCUGCUCGAUUAUUAUGGCAACGCACGGGAACAGGAAGGUCGAAAGAGCUAAUGGGUACUGGAGUCUCUCCGUCAGUUGAUGGCCGGCCAUCCUCCCAGGUCCAGGGUGUUCGGCAGGGGGCUGUCGCUGGAGACCCAAGUCGACCAGUAGCCUUGCACACGCACACGUACACAUACGUCUUCAACAGGCUCACGCAUCACACCCACAGGGUGCAGCUGCGGCGGACAUUCUGCGAGGGCCUGUACGGUGCCCCACGUGCAAUACCCAACUCCGCCUUCUACACCGAACUUGACGAGAGGCUGCGCCUGCAAAGCAGCACACUGAUGGCAGUCCGCAAUAAGCUGGUGGUGGAGUGCUUGGCUGCUGCCAGCAACCAGGAGGACGGCAUUGACACGGUCGCCAUGCGGCAGGACGUCAAUAGCAGUCUGUCGCGGCAAAUGGAGUUCUUCACGAGCUGCAUGGAACGGUACUGCGGGCCGCCUCGCAUCUGCAGAUGCAAUUGUGAAAGCUGUGGCGGCAUUUGCCUGGAAGGUGGAGGCGGCAAAGACCUCUCGAAGCCGCUUGCAGGCCCGUCACUGCAGCCGUACGGCUGAGAGUG